CUGGACACUCCUUAGCAGUGUCAAAUUAUGACAAAUGGCACGGCUAAAAGUUGCUGGGUGGCAGCUGCCGCAUCUCAGAGGGAAGCAGGUAUUUUUAGCAUCGUGCCUUGGGGGUUCCGGCGCUGGGUUAAUUAAUCAUGGUGAACAGCACCAAGUUUUAGUCCUCACCCUCAUCCCCACCCCCACCCCAGUGUCGUUCUCAUCGCCCAGCUGCAGGGUUGGAAACUGCCCAGAGCUGUAGCCAUCCCACAUGGCCCUCACACAGCCGGCAUGGGGGAAACCCUCUUCCGCCUCUCUGAUGCUGGCCCUGUACCCUUCCUCAUAGCCACCUCCUCCUGCUGCUGCUGUGCUUGCCUCCAGCCACACAGCAAGACCCUGGCUUCCUUUGGUUCUUCCAGCCCAUUCCUGUCCCCACCCCUAGAGCGUUGUCUCUAACCCUCAGCCUUCAUGUCUCACCCCCAAAGCUUCACCUCACCAAUCCGUCAUCUGGCAGAGCCCAACACUCUUUUCUUCAGGGACCUGGCGCCAGCCUCGUGGUGUUAUGUGUUAAUUGCUUACUUUACUGCUUGUCUCCUGCCAGUGGAACACUGGCUGUCUCAGAGCAGGGCCUUCUACGUCUUGUUCUGUCUCUUGAGCACUUACUGCCUCGCUCAGAGAACACUGGCUGCUCACAUGCUCUUUGAGAGUUCGGCAUGUUGCUCUGAAACCCGUUGCUCCCAGCAUUGCUUUCCUUGGGGAUGAGGACAGACAGACACUGCCUGGAAAUUGACAGAAGUACUUCCUCUGAGGGUGACAAAAUAAAAGACCAGAGGCUGAGAGAUCUACAAAACAAUAAACAAACAACAACAGAAUUUGUUUUCCUACAAUUCUGAAAUUCCAGAAGUUGGGAAGCCUGAGAUCAAGGAGCUGGUGUCUGGUAUUUCUGUGGACCACACUUGAAAAGCAGACACACCGCAACAAGCAGAUCAUCUAAGCAUUCUGGCAUCACUGCAGGAAUAUGGAUUUGGGGAAGAUUACUCCUUUGGCAUCUUAGAGCUGCUGGUGGAUCAGACAUCAUUUCUUAGGAUGACUUUGUCCUAUUGGUGAUGUUGAACGAAGCCCAGACAUGGUGCCAUAAAACCAUCCAUGUUCCUUGUGGGGUGGGAGAUUGCUCACUCUUGGCAGCCUGUGAACCUGACCUGGCCUGCCUUGACUUGGCUAGUUUUCUCUACUCUCUGGGAUUUGGCUUGCCCUUGGGGUUAAAGAACAAAUUACUGAGAACCCUCAUCUCGGGAGACUUGGAAGGCACAGGUAAAACUGUAGGUUACCAGCCAAGGAACCUACAAUAUGCAAAGUAGUGAACUGGGGCUUUUCUUCUGAUUGGCUAAAGGGCUCUGAUGUCACAAUGACAUGUGUCUGUCCACUCCAAAUUGUAGUGCCUUUAGCCCCCAAAUAUCUCCCUGUCUCAGUUGGUUUCUUGGCUUCCUCUCUGCAGAAGGAAGAUGAUGGAAGUCCCUUUUCAGGCAGGGUCCAUUCUUAUGACGGUGAAUACCUUACAGGGCAAGAAGAUGGUGGAGAGUGGGCUCCAGUCUGGGGACCUUUCCCUGUCUCAGUCCUGGUCCUCCUGCCUCCCUCUGCCGGCCGACUUGGAGAUCCUCAAGCAGAAAGUGGCUGCGGUGCAAAGGGAGCUGGAGGACUUCAAGAAGGAUGCCCUGCAGGCCAUCCGCUACUUGGAGGACGCCUUCUGGGAGAUGAAUGGUGUCCUGGCACAGCAGGAGGAGCAGGCGGCGCGGGUGAAGCAGCGGCUGAGGGAGGAGGAGGACCGUGGCAUCGUUCGCAACAAGGUCCUUACCUUCCUCCUGCCCCGGGAGAAGCAGCUGCGUGAACACUGCCAGCGGCUGGAGAAGAUGCUGAUCAGGAGCCGCGACCCAUUGCAAGUCACCAGGAAGAGCCAGGCCGACUGAACGGCCCGUGCACGCGCCUGUGCGGGCAGCUGGAAGAUAGUUUUUUAAUGGAAAGACAAACGCUAAAUCCCCAUUUAUUCCCCCCUUCCCCAUUUUUAUUGCUUUCCUGCUACCAAAAUAACACCAUGCAGAGAGGCAAAAAAAGAGACCCCAAUAUGGUUUUUUUAUCCAGCCUGGUCAAGGAAGGAGGCCUCAGACGCUAAGUCAGACCUGUGACCUCCACCUGGGACUGUUUCCUGUUUGUGAUGGUACGGUUGCUUGGCUGUGGAGCAUUUCGCUUGUAUAUUCUUAAAUUGGUUGUGUUGAACAGAUUUACCUUUCUU